GCUCGUUAGUCGUCACUAUUGUCAAUCCUUUUCAGACAAUAACUUUACCAAAGAAGACGAAAAAAAAAGAAAAGACUCUUGUUUGAAUUGUUUCUCCUAAAAAUUGAAAAUGGGUUGCGUUGAUUUUGGUAGCUGCUCUUUCUCUCUCCGCUGACCCGCGUUUUUGAGCAGCCGGUUUUGUUGUAUCUCUCGAUUUCAGCUCUCUUGAUUUGAUGUCAUAAACUGAAGUGUACUCUGAAUUUUUCUUUGAAGCGGCUUGUCAGCUUUCUCUCCUGAUUUCCUCAAUUGAACAGCUACUGAGGCUUAAGUUUAUAAUAUAACCCUUAAAUGUCAGAACAAAACCAUGAAAAUAGACCUUUUCUCCCUGGGCCCAGUGACCGCCCUCCUUCCCUUGCUCAGGAGGAGAAUUCAAACCAGGAGGAAAAAUGGGUGGAGAGGGAUUUUUUACAGUUGAGCAACAGUGAUGGCGGUACGUCAAAACGAGAAGCUCAGGAGGAUGGCAGGAGAAAGGGAGAUGGCUGGAAGAAGCCUAAGCUUGAGACACAGACACUUGACCUGUCUCUAGCUCUGCCUAAUGUUUCUCUUUCGCUUUCUGCAUCAAAUGCCGCACCACCAAAUUGUGAUGCUGUUGUGCGUCCUAUGCCGUGUAGGAGUGUGCAGUCUUUGACCCUUUCAAAUAAUAAUAACAAUAACAAUAAUAAUACCCAAGUAACAUGCUCUGAUGAUUUUACCGCUGCUUCGUUAUCAUACUCUUACUCUCACCCAUUUUCACAUAACCCUAGCUGCUCGUUAACUCACAAUUCUACUGAUUAUUAUGAGAAUUCGGUUGGUAGUCGUAGGAGGGAGACUGAUCAAAUUUGGAAUUGUGGUGAAGGAACCAAUGGUUCUGUUCAUAGUCGUUUUAAGCCAAUUGGAGAUGGGGUCUCUUUAUCAAAUCACGGUGGUGGUGGUGUAGCUUAUACUUUGUUGAACAGAUCCCAUACUUUUAAUAGGGAUCCAGGUAACAGUCUGUAUAGGGCUGCUGCCUCAGAUACUAGUUCUUUCUUUCCCUCAGAAUUGCCUGCCAAGCCAAGAACUGAUUUGUGCUUUGUUGACUCCAUGAGUAAAUCAUUGGACCAGGGGCUGAAUAAUUUGGAGGAUAUGAAAGGACACAAGCUUUCCAGAGGAGAAAGGAUUGUUCGUGAUGUCAUUACAGAACAUGCUACUGUUAUGUCGCAAUUAUCUCGUGAGCUUCCUGCUGAAGCUAUUGAAUCAGCUAAGGAGUACUUGAACUGUCUAAUGGCAUCACCUGAGAAAAAAGAUGAGUUAGUUUGUCUGCAAAAUUUGCUCGAAAAAAGGUCAGAACUUACAACGGAGACUCUUUCUAAGUCCGACAGACUACAAUUGGAGAUUCUGGUUGCAGUAAAAUUUGGGCUUAAUGAUUUUGUUUCAGGGAAAGCUCGUCUCCCAACCAGUGAAUUGGCUGAAAUUUUCUUCUUCCAGAGAUGUAGAAAUAUAAACUGUAAAUCCUUGCUGCCUGUGGAUGACUGUGACUGUAAGAUUUGCUCGACAAAGAAGGGAUUUUGCAGCCAGUGUAUGUGUUCUGUGUGUUAUAACUAUGAUUGUGCCAACAAUACCUGUAGUUGGGUUGGAUGCGAUGCUUGCUCUCAUUGGUGUCAUGCUGCCUGUGGUGCUGAGAAUAAUCUAAUAAGACCUGGCCCUAGCUUGAAGGGGUCCUCUGGCAAAACUGAGAUGCAAUUCUAUUGUGUUGGAUGUGGUCAUGCUUCCGAAAUGUUUGGAUUUGUCAAAGAUGUGUUUAUCUUUUGUGCUAAAGAAUGGGGUAUACAGACACUGAUUAAGGAGCUUGAUUGUGUUAGAAGAAUCUUUAAAGGAAGUGAAGAUCUAAAAGGCAAAGAGCUAUAUCUUAAAGCUGCUGAAUUGCUCACAAGGCUUGAAAGAAGGGCUAUAUCUCCGUCAGAUGCCUGCCAUGUCAUUAUUCAUUUCUUCACCUCCAAGUCUGACAAGGAGGACACAGCAGAUUUUGCUCCUACUGGUGUUGGGGCAAAUGAACUUACAGCCAGUCAAGGGCGUCGUCGAGAUAAUGUGUUCCCUUCUCUAUCCUCCAAUUUGGCUCAAAAGUCUAGUUUCAUCAACUCUGCUACCAUGCUGCAAGGUUUGCGUUCUUAUGAUUUCCAUCAAAGCAGUUCCAAGCCAAAUUUAUCAAGUGAGCGACAAUUAGCUAACGAGUGGUCUGGGAAUUUGUCAAACAAGGAUGGAUUUGACAGCAUGGAAAGUAUUAUCCGCUUGAAGGAAACAGAAGCCAGGAUGUUCCAGAAUCGAGCAGAUGAAGCAAGAAAAGAGGUGGAUACAUAUCGUCAAAUGGUAGAGACAAAAACUGUGAAGCUGGAUGAAGAGUACAGUGAGAAACUUGCAAAGUUGUGCUUGCAAGAGGCUGAAGAAAGGAGAAGAAAGAAAUUAGAGGAGCUAAGAAUUCUUGAGAAUACGCACUCUGAUUACUACAAGAUGAAGAUUCGAAUGCAAUCUGAAAUUAGCAGUUUAGUUGAAAGAAUGGAGGCCACAAAGCAGCUGUGGGUCUAAUAAUCUUAUAAUCUAUUUCUAUGGCACUUUCUUUUGAUGCAUUUUAGUGGCAGCAAUGAUUGCAUUUAAGGGUGAUUACUCUGAUUAGCAUGUCUUUAUUUUAUGUUUGUGAAGAGUCCUUUGAUUCUCAACUGUUCGAAGUGAAAGAUUAACCAGUUGUGAUUAGGGAAGAUGAAGAGACUAAUUGAUUGCUAUAUCGAAUAUACUUGUAUAUGUAUUAUACUAUUAUGUAAUGUUGUGUUGAUUAUUAUUGUUAGCAAUUUACUUAAUUCAGCUCAUAAAUGUUGUUAGAUU